CAUGCAGCAGCAGCCCCCGCUCCCUCCGAACCCGCCGCAACCUGCCGGCGACGGCAUCCCGUACCUGGGCUCACGCAUUUCGCUGGUAUCCAAGACGGACAUCCGCUACGAAGGAUUCCUCUUCAACAUUGACACGCGCCAGAGCACCGUCGCGUUGCAGAAUGUGCGCUCCUUCGGUACUGAAGGCCGACGAGCUGAGCAUGUCCCGCCGUCGCCUCAUAUUCUGCAGUACGCAACCUUCAAGGCUGCAGAGAUCAAGGACCUGCACGUGUGCGAGGCUGCCCCGCAGCCUCCACAGCCACCACAGUCCCCGCAACCUCCUCAGCCUCCAAUGCAGCCCCCCGUACAACCUCCUCUACCCUCCGGCCCUCCGCCACCCGUAGCGCUCCCUACACCGGUGCCCGCAGCCCCCAAACCCACCCUUCUGACCCCCGGGUCGGUCUCCAGCGCCCAGAAGCAACCGACUCAGACUCAGGUACAAACUCAGAUGCAGAAUCAGACUCAGCGACGAUCUCAGACGAAUAACUCGCGCACGAUUCCCGGAAUGGGCGGACACUUGUUAAAGCGCAAGGAACGUCGUGUUCCUGGCGGAACAGACGCUGCUGGAGUCCGUCCGGCUGACGCAUCGGGCGAGUUCAACUUCGCCGACGGAUUGAGCGACUUCAACAAGCAGCAAGAGUUCUCCAAGCUCGAGGAAAGCGCCAAGCAGGAGCCCAAGGGAAGCUACCAGAAGUCCUCGUUCUUUGACACCAUCUCGUGUGAUGCAUUGGACCGAUUGGAAGGACAGCGAUCCCGAAUGAGUGGAGCUGAGGAGAGGAAACUCAACACGGAGACGUUUGGAGCUGUAGGCUUGAACAACCGCCGCAACUUCCGUGGACGUGGACGCGGACGACGUGGGGGAAACCGCAAUGGCAACUGGAAUGGCGGCCGUGGAGGCCGUGGCGGACGCAACAGCAAUGGGUUCCCUAGACCGCAGCCUGCUGGCCCCUAGACUGGUGCACUUGCCAAUUUUUUUGACGAGACUGCAGACAGGUACUGGAUCGGAUACAAAGCAGCAGAUAAUGCUGACUCAUCACAUUAAUG